CCGCCCGGGAACCAGCCGGUCAGUCGAUAAUGUUAAUCAAUAACGGGUGGUGUGUCUCGUGGGUUCAGUGCGAGUGCGAAAGCACCCUCGCGGCUCUGUUCUUUCCGUUCCGGGUUCCAGAAGGUUUCCGGAAGUUUUCGUCGAUGGCCAAAGUUCUCGCACACAAAUCUCGAAUAUCGAUCGGUUCUGAUUGGAGCCGGCUGCCUCGCCACCGGCACUAAUUCAUGGCGACUUUGGCGAGCUAAAAGCUCAAACUUUUAGAAGUUGUUCCCUGCUGAGCUGACCUCAUUUGCAAUCUCUCCCUCUUUAUUGUUGUUUUGGGACAGUUCGGAUUAAUUCUUAUCACUGUCCCUUUCUCCCAUCUCACUUUACGUGUUCGUUCGCUGUAAAUCGGUUAGUCUCGUUGAAAAUCCCCUUUUUUCCUUUUUAGUGUUAUCAACUGUGUUUUGUUGAUAGAACUCCCGCUGUGCUGAAGAGAAGAUGUCGUGCAGUAGCGAUGAACAAUCCGAUAAGGAGUGUCCGCUUUGUAUGGAACAACUCGAAAUCGAUGACCUAGAUUUCUACCCCUGUAAAUGCGAGUAUCAAAUUUGUAGAUUUUGCUGGCAUCGACUGCUUACGGAUGAGAACGGCUUGUGUCCGGCGUGUCGGCAGCCAUAUCCGGAGGAUCCAGUCACGUUCAAGCCAUUAUCGUGUGCUGAUGUGCAACGAAUCAAAGACGAGAAGCGAAUGAAACAACAAGCGGAGAAGUUGCGAAUCUCUGAGUCGCGAAAUCAUCUAGCAAAUUAUAGGGUUUUGCAAAAGAACCUCGUCUACGUUGUGGGUCUGUCACCUCGAGUAGCUGACCCGGAUACGUUACGAAAACCGGAGUACUUUGGCAGGUUUGGGAAGAUUCUGAAGGUGGUUGUUGGUACGGCUCCUACUGCGAAUCACCCGCAUGCUCAACCUAGUCAUACGGCUUAUGUGACGUAUAGUAAAGUGGAGGAGGCUUUGAGAGCUAUACAAGCUGUUUGUAAUGCUCAACUAGACGGUCGAAUUGUGAAGGCCUCGUUGGGUACGACAAAGUAUUGUUCGUCUUUCUUGCGAAGUCAAAAGUGUUUCAAACCGGAGUGUAUGUAUUUGCAUGAAAUAGCUGAUAGUGAUAUCAGUUUUACUAAAGAGGAUAUGCAUAUGGGAAAGCAUGCUGAAUACGAGAAGAAGUUGAUUGAAACCGUAUUGAAUAAAACAGCUCCGCAAUCACAAGACAGGCGGACCCAUUUCAGAGCUUGGGCUAAUAAUAAUAAGAAUAAUAUAUGUUGGGAACAGAAUGGAAGUGAAACGAGCGAAGAAGCGGAUGGACGGGAUGGAGGAUAUAAUGGUGGUGAUGAGUCACCUUCUGGUGAUCCCACACCGUCAGAAGCAUUUCGAACACGGGAACGACAGUCUUCGCAAGACAAAGAAAAUAUACCGAAACGUGGCAAGGUUAAACAGACAAGUCCACCACCAGCUUCAAGUACGCCGGUGGUGGCAACACCUCCACCGUCUUCACCGCCUCGGAAUUCUACACAAUCAUCAUUAGACUGUAAAGCUACGGAAGUCUCAUCAGGAUCCGGAAAUAAACCACCUUCGAAACCAGCAGAGCAGUUAAAGCCUUUUAAUUCUAUCUAUAAUCAAGAUACAGAGUCAAAGUUGUUACGGUUAUUAUGCGGAAAUGAAGACAGCGGGGCAGGAUUAAUCCCAGCACCUGCACCAGUGAGUGAGGCGCCGGCGCCUCUUGUCAAUUGGCAAACUCUUUUGGGUUUGUCACCGCAAACCACACCAAAUAACACAGCGACUUCGUAUACUUCUCCGACAUUACAACCAUCAAUGACUCCACAAAAAUCACUAGUCACUUCACCACCACCUGGUCUUGGAGGAUUUGCAUCAGAUGAUGACCUUGGUUUUGACCCAUUCAGUGAGUCAUCUAAAGGUCUUGCGCGACUGCUGGAGGAGGAGGAGAAGAUUAAGCAGCCAACGAUCGCAUCCUAUAUGAACCAUCAACUAUUGAUGCAACAACAACAACAGCAGCAGCAACAACAACAACAGCAACAACAGGCUUUCUCGCUCCGGGAUCUUUGGAGUCGUCCUGCGUCGCUGUUUCCGACUAUGAACGCCCCUCAGCCGCAAACUCCUCUGGAUAUGUUCGCUGGUUUGAUGAGCAGUCACCAACAGUCGCAGCAGCAGCAGCUCCAUCAUCAGCUUCAUCAGCCUCCGAACCACAACCACCUACAGCAGCAUCAUCAGGCGCAUCAGCAGCAGAGGCAACAGUUUGAUCCAUAUUGUGCACCGCCUCCGGGCUUGACACCGCCGCCACGCCCAGCGAUGACCACACAGUCCAUCUCAGAGUGGCAGGAAGGCCUGAAAGCUCUGCUUCCGAAUGUUAAUGUACGUUUCGUAAGCGAUCUGGAUACUACUCACAACGGCAGCAAUCUUCACCACCUUCAUCAACAGCAGCACACACAGCACUCGUCACUGGGAAGCAGAUGGCCGCCAUCAGCUUACGGACUUGACGCUACUGGACGCACAAAUCCACAUCACAUCGUACCACACGCCGUUCCUCCUCCACCCGGUUUCUCGGUGCCGAAUCGAUGA